AUGGCAACUUCGACGUCAUCUAUUAUUCCUUUUUCUCUCACGACGACUUUUACAGCCCCAACACAAUGCGCACAAUCAGUUGGCGGCUUGACAAUAUUACAGGAUGAUGCAUUCAGAAUAUGGCUCAACCACCCGCUUCCUGUCCCUGGUACUACCAUAUCCUCAUGCUACCCCGAACAAUUCGUUUCGAGUUUUCUUCUUCAGACGGGCGGGGUUUCUCAGGCGGCAUUCAGUCCACUGGUCUGUCCCGCUGGCUACACCACACAAGGACCAUAUACAUCAAAUUAUAUUGCAUGUUGUCCCAGUGGGUGGGAUGGAUUUGCACCAGCAUCCGACGCUCCUUCUGAUCGUCCUGCCUUUGGAGGUACAUGCUUCACAAAUAUCUUCAAUGUUCCUAUUCGAGUAACGUCAUACGAUAGCGAAAGCAUCAAGGCAUCGUCGAUCUUUACCGCCACCGGUUCCCUUGAUCAAGCUUUCGCCUUUCCAUACGAAGGAUUUGCCCUGGGAGUCGCCGUAGUAGCGAGCACCACUGCUACUGGGUCCCAAGCCACAUCUAGCUCAAUAUCUGCAGAAUCUUCUCAAGUUGGAAGCGACACAUCGUCAAGGCAUAAUACGGGUGUGGUUGCCGGAGCGGUUAUUGGAAGCAUAUUAGCCGCACUAUUUCUCACUGGAGCCGUUGCUUUGAUGAUCAAUUAUAGACAGAAAAGAAUGUCGGGUCAGAAUAACAGCGGCCAAUUCCCGGAGUAUGCUUCUCAUAUUCGACUCGCUACAUCCAGCCCAACUCCGAUGGUGUAUCUAUCACAACCACCACAAGUAUUGACGGAAUACUACAAGUCGAACGACGAAGGCAAAGUCAAUCGCUAUGAUGGUGAGCGGGCGUACCAUGAAUUGGAAGCGAAGAAGCCGGUUGUAUAUGAGAUGGGUGGUGAAGCUCGUUUACCAAUCACGAAGACAAAGGAGUUACCAGAUCUGCCACCGAAUCAGAAUACUUAA